AUGCGACGUCUACCGCGGAAAUCGCUAAUACCAGCUCACAGGCCGCACCCUGAUGCUUCGGACGUCCACGUCACCGGCACCUUCGAUGACUGGGGAAAGACCGAGAAGCUGAAUAAAGUCGGCGACGUGUGGGAGAAAGAAGUUGAACUACCCGAGGCGGACAAGAAGAUUCUCUACAAGUUUGUUGUAAAUGACAACUGGGUGAUCGACCCUCAGGCACCGCAGGAGGACGAUGGCCAUGGCAACAUUAAUAAUGUGCUGUAUCCGGAUCGAAUCAAGCCCAAACAGGCUAUGGUUCCUGAGGCAGUGACCACGUCAAGUGCUGCGCCGGUGAGCACCACCGCUACAUUGGCUGGUCAAGUGCCGCUCGAACCUCGGAAAGAGGCCACUGAAGUGACACCUGGUACGGAUGAUGGUUACACCCUUCGUAGAGACACAACUAAGAACAGUUUACCAGGCGCAUUCCCAGAAACACCACAGCAUGAGGCUUCUGAGCCUUUGAACCACGCACCUGACACCAGCGUCAGCGUCGAUCCUCUUCCAGCCACUAGCGGAACAGGAAAUCCGAUUAAUCUUCCAGCAGGCGAAAAGGUUCCUCCUCCUAGCGAAGUUACUUCAAACACAAUCCAUUCCAGUGUCACCACAUCCCAGAAGGAUUAUGAAAGCGCCGGAGGCCUGAGCCUGCCUCUCGUCGGCGGAGUGGCGGGCCUCGGCGCUGGGAUAGCCGGAGCCCUGGGAUUUGGCACAUCGGAGAAGAAGGAAAACUUGAUUCCGGAGUCUUCUCUCCCAAUGGGCUCGGCGGCUGGGGAGACACUUGACGCAGGUCCCACAAUCUCUUCGGCUGGACCAACUUCCACAACAGCUGACCUGGCUGGCAAGGUGCCUCUCGAGGAGAGGAAAGAAGCCACGGUCAUCGAGCCUGAAUCUGGGGUUCCCGAGGUUGUGAAAGAGUCCAUAGAAGAGGCACACGUUUCUCCGGAAGCUACAACUUCUGCUGAGGCUGUGCAGGAGAAGGCUGAAGUGGAGCAGGAAUUGUUGAAGAAGGUUCCCACCGCCGAGGAGGCGGGAGAGCCAGCGCCAACGAUUGCCGCAGCCACUUCUGCUACCGCUCCCUCGGCGACCCUGGCGCCGUCCGAUGAAUCUGGAGUUCCCGAGGUUGUGAAAGAGUCCAUCGAAGAGGCACACGUUUCUCCGGAAGCUACAGUUUCUGCUGAGGCUGUGGAGGAGAAGGCUGAAGUGGAGCAGGAAUUGUUGAAGAAGAUUACCACCGCCAACGAGGCGGGAGAGCCAGCGCCAACGAUUGCCGAAGAUCCUACUCUGGCCGAUGAGCCUGCCGUACGAAUGAUGAACCAGAACGAGGCCACCACUAAGCAGGAGACAAUCCCUCCGGCAACAGAGACCACACCAGCUGCCGCCACCACUCUGCCACCCACGAGUGCAGCCCCGAAAGUUGAAGCUGCCACACCAGCAUCUCCUGCGCCCAAGAAAACGGCUGCAGUCACUCCAGCCACUCCCUCUAGUGCCACGUCCACCCCCACGAAGAAGUCGGAUACCACUCCCACCAGCAGUCCGGCAACGAAAGACAAGAAGAAGAAGAACAGAAUUAGCUCACUGUUCAAGAAGAUCUUCGACUAA